CGCGACCGCUGGCACCGGUGCGAAUGCGCGCGGCGUUAGCGUUCUGCGGUCACGUUGCACGCGCCGGGCCACCGCAAUCCGUUCUGACGGCGCGUGAAAGGCCGCACAAAUCAGCCAAAAGCCCAGCUCUGCAGCCAAGGCUGAGGGCUCAUCGCUGCGCCGCAAACGCCGUAGAACUGCUGCAUUUCGACGCGUGCGCUGCAAUAGAGGUAAUCACGCAGCUGCGUUCGCAGCCGGGGAUCCAACCGCGCGUGCGGCGCGGUCUCACACGAAACAGUUUUGCCAGCUCGCCGCCUGAGCUUCCGCGCGCGCCUCGCGGCACAUCGCUCGCCGCGCUGCUAGCACCAUGAGCUCGAGCGACUCCGAUGACGAGUUACCGAUUGCUAAGAUGAUAGCCAAGCAAAACGGCUCCGCAAAGGCUGAGCCCGCCGUCGACGAGGCGCCAGCCAAGGCCAAGCCGGCGCGCGCGCCGACGACGACGGAGGCCAUCUUCGACGAACCAGACAGCGACGAUGAUCUACCUAUUGGGCAGAUGACGAAGCAAAACGGCGCCGCGAAAGCCGAGCCUGCCGAGGGCCCGCCGGCGAAGCCGAAGCCGAAGACGACAACGGAGGCCAUCUUCGACGAGCCCGACAGCGACGACGAGCCGCCCGCGCGGCGGCCCGCCAAGAAGGCCCGGGCCAAAGCCUCGAAACCGGAGGACGCGACGGCCGGCGACGAGGAGCUGGCGCGGCGCCUCGCCAUGGGCCUGCCGCCGCGCCGCGCGAGCCGCGGCGGCCGCGCGCCGCCGGCGCCCUCGCCGCCGCGGCGCAAGGCCCGCUCGCCGCCGUCGAGCGACGACGAGGAGGAGGACGCCAGCGACGCCGCGAGCGACGCCGCCGAGGAGGCCUCCACAAACGACAAAGACGAGGCGCCCGCUCCCAAAAAGCCGAAGCCCAAGGCCCAGAAGGGCCCCCCGCGCGGCGCCGAGUGCGUCGGGGAACGCAUCCGCGUCUGGUGGCCUCAAGAUCGGUGCUGGUAUUAUGGGGAAGUGUUGUCGUUUGACGGCGAGAAGCACACGCUGCUGUACGACGACGACGAAGAAGAAGUGGUAGACUUGGGCGACGAGCGCUACGAGCUCGGUCCCCCGGAAGAGGAGACCAGUAGUUCUUCGGAAGACGACGAGAGCGAAGAUCUGAGCGAUGACGAGUACACGGACAAAAUCAAGCAGGAAAUAUCCAUAAAGUACGGCAAGGGCGCGGCGUGGUCGGAGCUGUUCUUCGAUCCUUCCUACGAACGGGUCGAGGGCCAAUUGGAAGAAGGCAGGUACGCGAACGCGGCGCCUAGAUUGGUUCCUCAGAAAGAGAAUGGGAGUCAGCCAGCGCCCGAAGAAAGCGAUUCGGAUGAUGAGGACCAGUCGGCGCUGGCUCGAGCUGCGGCCUACAAGGCGGCCUGGCGCGACACGGGCCGAGCGAAGCGGAAGGUGAAGAAGAAGACGGAGGGGCCCUUUCGCCUGCCCUUGCCCAAGUUCGGCUGCAAGCGGCAUACGUCGCGAAAGAAAGCUAGGGAGGCCUACGACGCGCAACCCUUCGCGUUCUUCCCGGGAGAUACUGGUACCAUGUACCAGGACUUUACGUUACCUCUAUCCUUGGUUGUGGAGGCGGCCAUCGAGCGCGAGGGCGAAAAAGGUAGGAGAGAAGGUAAAAGAAGCUUGGAGGUGGCGCUGAAUGAGUUCGAGCUCAUCCACCGAUCGGAGCGGCCCGAGGAGCUCGCGGAGGCGGCGAAGCAGCGCUUCAAAUUAUGUAGGGACGAGUUCGGGAGCUGCGGGUGUUCUCAGAAGGUCGAGGCGCUGGCCGCGGAGCGGCGGUAUUGGUGCGGCGUCCUCGACAGUGCCGCGAUGACGCCGUCGACGCGCCGCCCCCCGCAGGCGCAAGGACCAACGCACCAAGGACAGCGACGACUCCGAAAGUGAUGAAGAAGAAUCAAAACAGAUUGGCUGCUUGACAACAGGCACCUGUCCCGCAAGAGCUUCAUUCAUCGAAUGCACGCCGAGAACUUGUAGUCUAGGAGCCAAGUGCGGCAACCGGCGCCUCCAACGGUGGAAGGGCGGCGGCAUCGACGUGAGAGAUUGUGGCGACGCGCGGGGCUUCGGGCUCUUCGCGUGCAGAAAUUUCAAGGCCGGCGCGCUUAUUGGAGAGUACGUGGGCGAGGUCAUGCGCGCGCGGAACUACGCGCAACUGCGGCGGGAACGGAAGGAGAAGCACUGGUACUUCAUGGCGCUGGACAAGGAGGAGGUCGUCGACGCGAGUCGUCGAGGCGGCCUGACUCGCUUCUUAAACCACUCGUGCGAGCCGAACGCGGAAUGCCAGUCCUGGACCGUUUUUGGCUGUGUGGGAAUCAACCAGUGUGUCGGGUGCACCCGAUAAUUCUUCACGAAGUCAUUUCUCGGCGAUGACGCGGCCGUGCUGGCUCGGUCGAGCGGUGAAGAACCGGCACAGCCACGCCAUCGAGCAGUGUCGCGUCGAUGGCGUGGCGGUCGACGCGGCGAUUCAGGACAAACGCGCCGUAAAUUUGAUUUCCACACAGGUGGAUGGGGAGAAGCGCAUCGCCAUCGUCGCGCAACGACCCAUCGCCGCGGACGAGGAGGUCACGUUCGACUACAGCUGGAAGGGCGACCAGGACAAGUACGAGAAAAGAGCCUCGUCGAAGACGUCCACCAAAUGUUUUUGUGGCGCGAAGAAGUGCCGCGGCUUCCUGGGCGAUCGUGCUGAAGAUUUUCUUGCUUCAUUAGAGGAGGAGGAGACCGAUAAUGGUAGGAGGUUUUUUAGGCGGAAGCUGCGGCCGGACCAAUGCGUAGAUCCGUCGUCAGGUAAACUAAUCAGAAGUGCCUUCGGGGAGGCCGAGGCCGAAGCUGUUGAGAGAACGGUGAACGGCUGGUCCAAGAAAUGUACCAAGGAACCGUCCCAGGAUCUGCAACGGGCCUUCUCAUCAAAAUUGUUCCUGCGCAAGUCCAUGUACGGUAGUGGAGAUCCUAAACAACAUCAACAGCGGUUAUUGCGGCCGCUGGAGUAUUGCGAAGUCAAGGGAGACGGCUGGAUCCUGCCGGCGCUGCACAAGCACGGCGGCGAGGACUUCGAGGCCGUUGUUUCUGAUCCGAGCUUCGACGGACCAAGAGGCGGUAGGACCGCUUCCGAAUUGGAAAGGGCGCUGGAGGCGUGGAUGCGGCCGGCCUCAAAGAAACCGGUGGUCACGGACGACCGGUCGAAGCGGCUCGAGCGCUUCGAGGCCUUCCUCGCGCUGCCUCCUGAUCAAAGAGCGAAGAUCGAGCCCGCUUCCACAGAACCGGCGUGGGCGCGGAAGCUGCUCGCGGCGGCGCGGGCGAACCCGCCGUCGCCCAAGUCGUCGACGCCGCCGUCGCCGCUGCCUUCGUCUCCUACUAGGAAAAAGCGGUCGCUGUCGAACGGUGACGCGUCGCCCUCGCCGCGGAAGCGCGCUGCUGUUGCGAAGGUCCCCUUCCCGGCGCCGCCGCCGCCGGCCUUGACCUGAGCUGCUCUUGGGGUCUUGGGGUUUAUUAUUUAACGACGUUGUGGUAUUUUUUUGCCCCAGGUGUUUAGGCUGAGG